UCCCGCCGCCCGCGUGUCUCGCGCGCCGCCCGCGCGGAACCAGCCUGGAUGCGGCGGCGCUGGGGGACCAGGACUGGGCUGCCGUGAGCGAGAGUGAACUACGCCGGCGCCGAUCGGGAUGGGACGACGACGACGAGCCGGCUACUCCGCCGCGGUACUGGCCGUCGCGUUCGCGUUGGUGGCGGCGGCGGUCGGCGCCGCUUCGGAGGGGGACUCGCUCGCGGGACUCGCCGGGGGCGCCGCCGCGGGGAUCGACGCCGCGCCAGAGGUCAAGAGCUUGGGACCACUUGCCAAGGGGCUGCUGAACGGGAUGCCGGAUGGGGCCGCAGGGCCAACGGCGAUGGGCCCUGUCGCGAAGUACCCGCUGGUUCUGGCGGAGGAUAGGACGCGGCGGCCGGAUGUCCUCCGCCAUCUCAAGAUGUAUGGAGGUGGUUGGAACAUCACCAACAAGCACUACUGGGCGUCUGUAUCAUUCACAGGAGUUGCUGGAUUUCUUCUUGCUGCGCUGUGGUUUAUUUCAUUCGGGAUUACUGCAGCUUCAUUCUGCUUUUGUAAAUCAAGAACGGGUCAAGGAAAGGUUUCUCAUGCAGAUGUAGCACGACCAGUGUUGCUUGUGGUUGUUGUGCUUGCUUUAAUUGCUGGAUGCAUUGUCCUUUCAUGUGGUCAGGGUGAAUUCCAUGAAGAAGCUACUAAAACUCUGGAUUUUGUUGUCAACCAAUCUGAUUUCACUAUCCAAACACUGAAGAAUGUUACAGAUUACUUGUCGUUUGCAGUGACGAUCAAUAUUGCAGCACUCUAUCUUCCACCAGAUGUUCAAGAUCAAAUUAACAAUUUGAAGGUGGACUUAAAUAAAGCGUCUGAUACAAUAUCUCUGAAGACGACAGAGAACUACAAAAGGAUCAGAACAGUUCUCCAUAAUGUGUCUGUUGCGUUGAUCUGUAUAGCCGUGUUGAUGCCUGUUCUUGCAAUCCUUGGUUAUGUGCUGGAGCUUUACGGACCAAGAUAUACAAUUUACACAUUUGCUACCUUAUGUUGGAUUAUAGUGGCAGCUCUCUUCAUUCUUAUAGGGAUUCUUUCGAUAGUAAGCAGUUCUGCAAAGGAUACAUGCCAAGCAAUGGACGAAUGGGCACAACACCCUCGAGCAGAAACCGCUCUCAGCAACAUCCUUCCGUGUGUUGAUGAGAGCACCACCAACCGAACCUUGUACCAGAGCAAAUACGUCGUGGUGCAACUCGUGAGCCUAGUCAAUAAAGCUAUAUCUGUUCUCUCAAAUCGAAAGCCGUAUCACUUGCAUCCUGGGCAGUUGAUGCCUUCCCUCUGUACUCCCUACGAUUCAAAGCUGAAUGAUCGGCAGUGCUUAUCUAGGGAGGUGACAUUUGACAAUGCAACAACAGCAUGGCAGGACUACACAUGCAACGCUCCCGACGCGGAAGCGUGCUCUGGCCCGAUGACCGUGACUCCGGAGGUCUACGGCCAGCUCGUCUCGGCCGCGAACGCGAGCUACGCCCUUCACCACUACGCCCCGUUGAUGCUCAACUUCCAGGACUGCAGGUUCGUGCGUGACGCGUUCAGCUCCAUCGCCUCACAAUACUGCCCGCCCCUCGAGCGCGACCUCAGGCUUGUCUCCGCGGGCCUAUCCCUCCUCGCCUCCGGCCUCGUCCUCGGCCUCCUCCUGCUACUCUUUACGGACCGCCCCCGAAACUGGGAGGAGGUGUCCGAGUCGCCUUCAGGGUUCAGGGUCACGCCUGUAGACUGCUCCCCAUGACAUACAAAGAAAGCACAAGUUCCCGUGGCUAUCGAAUUCGUUAUAGCAAACUAGUUAGGAAAAGGAAGAAGGCCUGAGCACCGGGGCAGAUGCAGAAGUCCCCCAUUUUGCAGUGAGGAGUUUGGUGCUUUGAGUGCUUCCUUCCAUGGAAUGUGAUGUAUAUGCUGUGCUUCAGGAGAUAUAGUUUGUACAAACGGUGGUCAGGUCAGCCGGGUUCAGAGCCCCAUUUAUGCUAGUAUAUGAAAUUUUACCUUCUGGAA